GCAUUUCCUCCAUCUGCACCAGCAACAGUUCCUCUACACAACGGGCUAAAGGACAGUGCAAUAUAUAGGGAACACUGAGAGUGCAACUGUGGCGAAAGACGUCGUCAUAAGGUCCUGUUUCUGUUGAUGACCCCCUCUGCUCUCGGGAAGCUUGUUCAACACUGACUGUUUUUUUACCGCUCGAAGUGGAGAUGCAUCAAGCCACAACUUUCGCAAUAUGGUAAUUAGCAGCCUUGGUUCCCUGACAUCACCCAGCAAGAGAGAGCGAAAGGGAGAGCGAGCGGGAAAGAGAGAGAGAGAGAGAGAGCCGUUACCAUGGAGACUGGCAAGCUGGGUUUUGUUCAGACUGCCGUGCCAGAGGGCUCAGUUGCGGUGACGGCGGCAGCACAUGAGGCAGCAGCAGACAUGAUGCACGUUCAGGCCCCGCCGCUCGCCACCUUCUUCGUCCGCGCCAUGACGGGGCCCUCGCCACCGCAGGUGCCGCCGCCGCCAGCUGUGCCAACCCAGACGCAGCCGACUCAGGCCCAACUUCCUGCAGCCGCGAUCCAGGACACGCCAGCCAUCACCCUGCCUAUGCCCGCUCUCAGCGCCAAGCAGCCUCUGCCCAUCCUGACUCUCCACAUCGCCGGAGGGAUGCCCCUGGCGGCCGCGCAGGGCCUGAAGCCUGGCGGGGCGACGUUGGCGCCAUGCCCCUCCUCCAAGCCCCCGAAGUCGGUGGGCAAGCACGUGUGCCAGUACUGCGGGCGAGACUGCCUGAAGCCCAGCGUGCUGGAGAAGCACCUGCGCUGCCACACGGGCGAGAGGCCGUACCCGUGCACCGUCUGCAGGGUCUCCUUCAAGACGCAGAGCAACCUCUACAAGCACAAGCGCACGCAGGCGCACGCGCGCAUCUCCAGCGAGUCGGACCGGGGCCUGAGCCUGAGCAGCCAGGAGAGCCUGCACGGCUCCAGGGACACCUGCUUCUCCUCCAGCCUCUCGCUGGACGCCCAGAGCCUGGACUGCGGGAGCCAGGACGGCAUGGAGGUCGCGGUCAAGCCGCCGCCUCUUGGGGGCGCCGGUGAGUCUGCAGACUCUGGCCUGUCGCAUUCGAGCCAGGAGGACACGCCGGGCUCAGGCACGGCGAGGGCUUUGCAACAGGCCGCUUUGGUGGGUCUCAUCGUUGCCCCCAUGGACGUACAGAAAGAAGCGCUGACACCUCAGCCUCAACAGAUGGAGCCCCCUUGUGGCGGAGGCGUUACCACUGCAGGCAGAGACUCGAAAAGGCUGGCCAUGGGAGAAGGCCCAAGACCCUGUGGGGGUGCGAGGUUAAUGCCCAGCCGACACCUCCCUCUGCAGAGGCAGGAGGCCACUCUUUCCCCCAAGCCGUGGGACUCCAUCUCCAGGGGCAAGUCUCAGAGUCAUGACAGCACCGACUCUGGGUUCAGCGACAACGGUGAGCACCACUGGACAUCAAGCCCGGGCAGCAGCCCGCACGAGCACAGCAUGGAGUCGCUGACCGAGUCCAGCAUGGAGGUGCCAGAUCCUCAGACUGUCUGCCAGGUGGACUCCACCGACCCAGCCUCAGCGGGGGGAUCUAAGAGCAAGGUGUCGGUCCAGGAGAAGAAGCAACUGGAGGAGCGCAUCUCAAAGAUCAUCUCGAAGAAUGACGCGCUGAUGGACGACAAACACCUGGAGAACGUUCGCCCGAGGAAGACGGUGCUGUCCAAACAAGGCAGCAUUGACCUCCCCAUGCCCUACACCUACAAGGACUCCUUCCACUUCGAGAUGAAGUCCACCACCAUGUCCUCCGUCGCCACCUCCAAGCAGACGUCUAUCUCACCAGGCCCGGACAGGAGAGGGAUGCAAGCGUUCCACAGCUCCCUGCCCUCUCAGCACGCCGACAGCCUGGACCACGCUCCGCUGACCAGGAGCAGCUCGCUGCCCUUUAGCGUGAGCGAGCAGCAGAGCGAGGCGGCAGGCACGGCCUCGCCCCGUCACACCGACCGCCUCGCGCUGAACAGGAGGAGCAGCGCGGGACACCUGCACUCGCUGAAGGUCGGGGCGCAGUCCGUGGACCGGCACGAGCCCAGCCACAGGUCCCUGGUCAGGCAGGGGGCCGUGGACUGCCUGCCGGAGGCGUCCCCGACCAAGAGGGGCAGCCUGAGCAGCCUCAGCUCCGACAGCACAGACUGCUGCACGGACGCCGCGGGCGAACCGGCCGCCACCAGGAAGUAUCGACGGAAGCGGUCGCAGAAAUUUGACUACAACAAAUGGUACGUCUACGGCGACGGAAUUUUCCGAAAGCUCUACAGCACUUCGUCAGAGAAAGAGCCGGAGCCCUCCCCGCUGAAAACGCAAAAGUCCCUCGCUAACAGCCUCGAGCAUCACGACGAUCAGAGAGAGGACAUUCAAAUCAGCCAGGUCAGAGAGCCUGCCGCAGGUACACAGGUGACUGUGUCCAUCGCCAACAUGUCAGUGGGCACCAUGCAAAGCGUCCAUUGUCCCUCCACCAGCCCUGGGCUUGGCCUGGCCCCUGCGGAUGUAUCAUCAUGCACAGACAGGAGACACAGCAGCGCCCCCUCUUAUGUACUGCUCCCAGGCUCCGUGCUGAAAACCACAGGGCCGCCGCUACCGCCGCCGCCGCUUCAGCGGACGGAGAGCCGAGUGAUUCUGGGCGCCGACAUUUUGUCACCGAAGGGGUCAUCGAUAGAGACGGGCUGUGAGAUUGUCCCGCAGCACGGCGCUCUUCCCUCCGAGAGGAAGAAGCAACGCACGGAGGAGAACGUCUGUGUCGUAUUAGACGGCGUGGACACUGGCGAGAGGCGAGGGAGUGUCCCGGCUUAUAAAAUCGGAUGGCCAGAUGGAGACAUGACUAACGGUGUGAAUCAAGCCCUGCCGCCCACGGAGCGAGGACACAGCAGGCCUCACAUUCAGCGCCAGGACAGUCUGAUCUACCUUCCCGUAACGGCCAGACAGCCUCUGCAGAAGAGGCACAGCUCUCCGCUUUGUGUGCUGGACGUCAGCAGACCAUCUGAGCUGGCCGCUGCUUCCUCCAACACCUCCAACACCUCCACCAUCACCACCUCCCUGCCGGCAAAGAGCAGCUUUCUGCCCAAGUAUCAGCUGAAGCUGCCCGAGACUUCGGGGCACGUAGACCCUUGCCCACGCCGCGUGGCGCCGCUCCUGCGCCACAGCUUCUCGUCGUCGCAGAUCUUCACGACGUGCGCGCCCCGCUCGGGCCACAGCGACUCCAUAACGUCCUUCUCGACCCUGACUCAGAGUCAGCCGGUCACGCCCAUCACGCUGAUCCACAGUCAGCAGAACAGGUGUGACGGGAGCACGAGGCUCAGCGCGCUGGGCCUGCCCGUCCCCGUCCCCGCCUCCACUUGGAGCCCCUCCACUGCGGCCGUUAGGGGGCUGACGCCGCACGACUUUCCCGCUCGAGCUUUAGGGGCGCCUGGUCCAGCACGGAGCCUGAGAACCACGAGCGAUACGCCCUGGACAGCGCAGAAUCAGACGCUCACCAUGGUCACCUCGUCUAUUCCAGGUCAGUCUUACAUGUGCAGGACGGUGUUAGCGCAAGAUCAGUUUGGCUCGAUCACAACCCCGCGUCACAGCCAGUCUGUCAUCCCCGUCAUAUCUCACAAUCAGACUGCACUCACAGGCACACUGUGUCCUGAGCAGCGUGCCAAAUCUCUCACAGAUAUCCAUCACACAGGUGCACCUGUCAUGCCCGUCCAGUAUCACAUUCAACAAGUGGCAAAUGUUACAGACUUAGCCCGGAUACCGACCGCUACACCCACAUCAGUGUUCUCCAUUAGUCACCCUAUUCAACCUAUCGCAGGUGUAACACUCGAUCAGACCGCUACCCCUGCAGCAGUACAGUGUCACAGUCGGCAGGUGACACCUGCAGGUUUCAACCAAAACAAUCCAGUUACACAGAAAACAGUAUUUUCCAGCAGCCGACUUGUCAGAGAUGUGUCACUCAAUCAGACACCUUUACCUAUUCCAUUACAAUACCAGAUUCAGCAAGCUCUACCAGUACCAGGUUUAAACCAAAGUAUUUCAGUUAAACCAAUCACAAUGUUUGCUGCCUCUCAACCGGUGAAAUCUGGUAGAGAAAUAGCUCUCAGUCAGACAGGUACACCUGUAACUGUGCCAUAUCAGAUUCAGCAAGCUACAGCUGUUAUAGGUUUAGUACAGAAUGUUCCGGUUACAGCCAACACGAUAUUGUCUACAAAUCCACCUGCCAAACAUUUAACUGAUUUGUCUCUUAGUCAGAUAACUCCAGUGGUUGUUCAGCAUCAGACGCAGGAACUUGCUGCUGUCACACCGUUGGAACAGAAUGUUCCGGUUACAUCCACCAGGAUAGUUUCCAGCUGUCGAGCAAUUAAGUCGUCCAGAGAAAUGUCAAUUAGUGAAGCAGCUACUCCUGUUACAGUGCAAUAUCACAUUCAACAAGCAACACGAUUAGCACAGAACGUUUCAGCUAAUUCCACAGUAGUUUCAAGUGAGCCAAUUCAGCAGGUCACAGAUAUGGCACUUCAACAUGUAGCUACCCCUGUAACUGUACAGUGUGUCAUUCAGCAAGCUACACCCAUCAGAGUAUUAUCCCAGAGAUCCUCAUCUACAACUAUUACAACACAUGCACUGUGUCAGUUAAGUAAUCCCGUCACAGACUUGCCACUCAAACAGGCAGCUAAACCUGCAACAGCACAGUAUCACUUUCAGCAGCCCACACCGAUACCUCACACUCAGCCCGCAAAACCUGUCGCUGAGGAUUCCCCCAGCCUGCCACCCACAGCAGUCCCAGUCAGAUACCACUGUCAAGCAGCCGUGUCAGGCGUAGGAAACAGCCAGAAAGCAUCACCUCUUGCCGUCAUACCCCUGAAUCAGCCAGCCACACCCACACCCACAGCAGGUGUCGUACAGCAACUUCAGACCACCUACACAUCGAUCGAUGCCACAGCGCCGGGUGAACCUUGUGCAUCCACACCCGCCGUGCAGAGUCAGGGCUCAACAUCUGUGACAGCCCCCCAACAGUCUGCCACGCAUGCUCCCGAGCCCUCUGCUGUUUGCCCUCUGGUGGACGUCACCCCAGAGGCCCACUCAACCACCGCCGUGCCCAGAGAGAGCCUCCACGGAGCGGGGGGUGUCGGAGGCGUGCCUGCCCAGGCCCCGACUCAGGACACAUUCUUCAUGAGAACGCCGGACCUGCAGAUUGUCAUGCAGCUCAUCUCUGACGAGCAGCUGGCCCUGAUGGCACCCCAGAUCGAGGCUGGGGAUUACAAACAAGGCGCCGGGGGUGCCUCCAUCAUCACCGGGUCAGCAGCGGUGCCAAAGACAGAGACGAGCGGACAGCCUCCUCUAGUUUCUCAGGACACGAGUGUGAGUGUGACAAAUAAUGGUAAUGACGUAAAUUCAACACAAGGGGGAUGCAUAGCGUCAAGAAUCAUGUCAGCAAAUGGAUCUACUGUAACGGCCAUGUCAGAUUGUGCUACGUCAGUUAGCACUGCUAAACCUUCCUGUCCUGGUUCUCUGUUCAUGAACUCCAACUCCUCUCCGACAGAAAGGCCUGGCCAGAGUCAGGCUUCAGUUUUGCAGGGCACUGCACAGAGCCUAUACAUACCAGGCCAGACAGGUACAGUGACUAGCCAGGCCAUAGAAUCUGGAUUGAAAGAAAACCAGGAAGUGGGACAGAGAGAUUGUGUUCCUGCCCAACUGAUGGUCAGUGGGAAGAACUCUACAACGGAACAAGGUUCCGUGAACGCCCACAUUUCACUUCAUAAACAGCAGCAUUCGUUAGUGCGGCCCACGUCCCCUACACGCCACGAUCCCACAAUGCAACGCUGCGUCGGUCAGGCUCCUGAAUCAUAUCAGCAAAGCAGUUUGAGUGGGCCACAGUCGUCUGUCUCGACUGAGAGGCCAUGCCCUCCAACGAUGCAAGAGUCUUUGCCCAGCAAAGUUGGAGCCCCGGCGCCUAAUCAGGAACACCAUCUGUCAGGUGUUCCUGUGGGUUCGACUGCCUCAGUCAGGAGCAGUGCAGCCGUUUCCGCCCAGAGGGUGGUGGUGGACGUGGAGCCCCAGCCGUCAGCCGUCCCCUCUGCUUGUCACCCGUCUCCACCUGCGGCUCACUGUCCAUCUGUUUCCCAUCACUCUCCCCUCUCCGAGAGGACGGGUUCCUCUCACGGCGUUUCUCAGUCUGGCGCCACGCCUAAUGCGGGUGACACGACUGUCACAACACAGACUAAUCUGCAGCGCUGCCUGCUAGAGAUGCCUAGCCAGCCCCAGACUCUCACUGCCGAAGACCGGCUAGGACACACAGUACCAGUGUCCACUGAAAUAUUAGCCUCAGAGCCAGGCCGGCCUCAGCCGCUGGGAUGUGCGCCGGGACUGACUCCGCCCCCUGGGUCAGUGCAGGUCUUAAGCGGUGCCGUCGGACUAAGCCGGUCAAAUGGCCCCUCGCUUGUGCUCGGUGGUGCGGAAGAGAGGAGCUGCUCAGCCACACUGCUUGACCACGUGGGGUCAGUCUCGGGCUCACACGCCACUGCCGGCCAACGCCAUCUCGGCCCUGCGGCCUGCGCCUCUCCUGCGGCUCCUCCGACCGCGCAGUCCGCGGGCUCGGGAGGCGCAUCAUCACACCCCGCAUCACAUCCUGCCAUGGGCCAACACAAACCCCCGUGCCCGGGAGACGACGCACGGGAGGAUGGGUGUAAUCACGCAGCGCUGAUCAGGGGAUCGGCGACCGAAGUGUGCGUUCCAGACAAAACAUCUGGAGAACCUCAGCAGUCCCAGAGGGCCGCGGCGGGGCAGGCUGAGACAACACAGACGCCCUCUGCUGGUCGCAGGGUGGAGAGCGGGGGGACCAGAGGUGCCGUGGGAGUGGACCAGGGCGAUGCGCGCAGCAUGGGUGUGCAGCCAACUCAAGCGUGUAUCCAACAGGAGAAGACUGUUCGGAUUGAGGAGACGCCCUAUUCAAGCUCAAUCACAGCUGAUCAAGGACCAGGCGACGUGCUCUCCCCCCAAAGCUCACCGCUGCCGCCGGGAGACUGCGGGUCAGAGAGGCAGAGGAAGGUCCCUGAGGAGCCGUGGAGGGGAGCAGAGGAGGAGGAGGAGGAGGAGGAGGAGGAGAGAGGAGGAGCCCAGGAGGGGGGGAACAACAAACGACCCGAGGGGCAGGUUGGGGGUAACGUGGGAGGUGGCGGAAGACAAAAUGACGGGGGAGCGGACGAAAGAAUGGCGGAUCCGCGGGCGGAGGAGUGGACGAUGAAAGAAUGCAACUUAAGACAGGAGGAGACAAGCAGUCAUGAACCCAUCUGGACCCUUCCUGUGCCUCUUCCUCCUCCUCCUCCUCCUCCUCCACCUCCACCUUCACCCCCACCCCCUUGUCCACCUCCGCCCUCCCAGGGGAGCCCUGGCAUGUUGCUCAACCUUAACCUUCAACUUGACUCCAGCUCUUCACCCGCCACCCCGCUCUAUCCACCCGGCCACUUAACUAGCAGCAGCAGCAGCAGCAGCUGCAGCAGCAGGCAUUCAAUUCAAUCAAGGACACUUUGCCGUUCCCAGCCAUUUGUCCAGUGCACGACUCAGGCGCACUCCGGGAGGGCGGACGCGGCGAGAUGUUAUCAGGAGCCCGGGGAGGCCGCGGCGGUGUCCUCUCCCAAGACUGGGGCCUGCGCCGCCGCCGCCGCUCCCCCGCCCCGCCCGUCGCACGGUGACCUGCCGCUGCACUCUCCCUCCUCCUCCGAAGCCACAAAUCACUCGGAGGCCCGGUGGAGGAAGGCGCAUUCGCUCCUCGGACACGCCGAGCAGACCUUCACCUGCUUGAGCCACCCAGGGGAGACCCUGUCAGACUCCCAGAACCCCGAGCCUCUUCGCACAGAGGCGGCGCAGACCCACGGCGUGGGAGAGCGGUCCAACUCCCGGCCGAACGGACCGGCCCCGGGCAGGAGGCUGUCUCGAGCGGCUAAGGUGCGGAGCGGCGAGAUGGUCAGUCUGAGUCGGAGCCUCAGGGGGGCCAGGAAGUGCAUAGACGAUAAGGAGGAGAACUCCAGCAGCAGCGACGACGAGGGAAAGCUGGUCAUUGAGUUUGAGUCGAACUGAGGGAAAUUGCACUUGAAUGUAUGUACACAUAACAAAAUACUCAUAUGGACAAACAUAUGUACAUAUAAUACACAUACGUACAGAACACAAGUUGAAGACCAAACACACACACAUACACGCUAUGAAAUGUCUCACACACAUAUACAUGUCAACAACAAACUGUGUCUCAUCCAAUCUCGCACGCAAACUCACACAAACAAGCUUUGAUAUUUUACUACUGCCAGCAGUGCCAGAGACCCCUGUACUCUCACUCACUCUCUCUCUCUCUCUCUCACACACACACACACACACAUACACAUGCAAACUCUUUUAGAACCUGACUCUGCAUCCAUACACAACACAACCCCCCUCUGCCUAAUUUCUCGGUCUCUCAUUCUCACGCACUAGCUAUCAAGCUCCCACUCUCGCCACCUGUAUGCUGAAUCAUGGCUGUGAUCCGGCCCUCCAGGUGCACCGGAGGGGUAAGCCGCUACACGAGAGGCAGACACACUCACACACAGGCACACUCACCUCCUUGGUGUUUAACCCCCGCUUGGGCGACAUGUGAUUCAUUUUUUACUCAGACGCGGUCUGCGAGCGUAAACAGGAAGUUGUCGGCACGAGAGCUAUACACUCACAGUAACUCGAGGUUCCCAAGGAAUCUGCCGUCAAAGAUAUCCGUCAGCAAGAUCGGUCUCAGCCAUUAGGGGAGGGUGUGUUAAUCUUCACCUGUGCGAUGCCCUCAGGCAGGAGUUGUUGUGAAGCAGUUUUUACUACUCAGGCUUAUUCUCGCCUCUGCAAUUUUGUGGUGAAGUCUGUGAGUCAAGUGCUAUUUAAGAUCAUGUUUGUGGACACAGUAACAUUUCCGUUAAGAGGUGACAAUCUAUUAUUGCUGAGCGUUUUGUUUCUAUUGUAAUUUACAUUUUUCUGCCAAAUUUUUUGUUCAAUAAAUCACUGUUCUUUUACAGUUGUUGC